AUGACUCGAAAUCAAGUACAUCCCUCUCAGAAGCAUCCUCCUCAUUCAUCAACCAAUAAUGAGCAGGAAGGAGAUCGAAAAGACUUGUCUUCUCCUCUAUUGACUGCUAACCUAAUGGAAAAUACGUUUGACUCCAAUCGAAAGACCCAUUGGUUUCUCUCCAUUCGAUUCUGUCUCAUACUAUUGGUUUCUUGUUUGACCAUAUUGAGUGUAUUGGCAUUAAGUAUCACUUGGGGAGCUUGUUUUAUUCCAACCAUCACUCAACUCUCAAAUUCCUAUCGAGAUCAUCAACUCGAACGAAUCAUUGAUGUUGUGGAUGAAACCUUAUCAGAUAUUGCAAAAACUUCUGAAGAAAUCAAACAACAAAUCAUUGGGGAUGGUCUCACACUGGCGCCUAAUACCACAGAAAUUCACAGAAAAAUUUGGAGUUGUGUCAAGUCAACCAGUAAAACACAUGAAGGAGUAGUCAUUGCAUGUUUUUUCGGAGAUUCCUCUCUGAAUGUCGUUGGAGCAGGUCGAUUGAACAAGUUCGCUCAAGCAGCUGCUUACACCGUAUCGAGUUUGAACACUCAUAUCCAUUAUUGUCCUCCUCCUGAACAAAAUGACUAUUGUUUGAUCAAUGAAUCCAAUCCUGGACGUAUCAUGCCACCGUUGAAUUUCAAGUAUGCACAAGAACAGUGUAACAAGUAUCCUGGUGAAGUUGUGUAUGUACCAAGUCGUGUAGAGGCACAUUUGGUGGAUGUCACAAAAAUGUCUUUGGUGAAUUGUGUUCCUCUCAGUAAUGGAACGAGUGUGGAUAGCAAAGGAAAUCGAUUUGCUUACUUUUUUGGACAUGAUUUAACUUCAGCUUCUGUUGCUAUUCAAUUGAAAAGUCUUGUUCAACCCUUGUCUGGAUAUCGAGGAUUUAUUGUUGAGACUCAAACAGGUUAUUUGAUUGCAGUCGACAACAAUGCUACCCUUUCACAAUUGCAAGGUACUAAAAUCUUUCGUGCCACCUCUGAAACCGUCAACGAUACAGACAUCAAUUCCAUUUCCAAAACAGCUAUGACUAAUUUAGGAAUGAGCUUCACAGAGCUCCCAUGUAAUACUCAUCUUCUUACUUCAGACACCACUCGAUACAUUUCCUUGUAUCGAUUAUGUACAGUGACAAGAGUCGACUGGGUCAUUGUCUUGAGUGCUCCUCAAUGGAACUUUAUAAGCUCCACAGUCAUUGCCAUUGUUACUGCCAUUUGGGGAUCCCUUGUGAUUAUUUCUGUUGGAAUCAUGGUUGGUGUGCUAUUUUCAGUUCGAAUUGCAAAAAGUAUAUAUCAAUUAAUUGAAUUAUUCGAAAGUGUGGCACAUAUGGAUCUAGAGUGUUUGUCUGUCCAAAAAAGUAAUUUUUCAGAAAUUUACUUGUUGCAAAAGCAAUUUGUCUACAUGAUUCAUCGAAUGAAAUUGUAUAAGAGUUUUAUUCCAUCUCAUUUGUUGGCAGAGUUGGAACAACAAGGAGAUUCUACCACUAAGGUUGAAGAUGAAACUUCAAUGGUAUCCAGUGGAACCAGUAGAAAUUCAUUAGAGAGUUCAAAAGGUGUUUCUCUUUCUCAUCAUGGAAUUUCGAGCUCAAAGAAAAAGUACCUUUCUAAGGAUAACAAAUUUCAAUUAUAUCUGGAAAAGAGAAGAGUGACAUUGGUUCAAGUGAUGUUAGAAGGGUUGAAUGAAUGGGUUCAUUCUAUUUCUCCCAAUGAAAUGGUACUUUUAUUAAGUGACGUGUAUGAUCAGUUGAACAGUAUUUGUAGAGUGAGUGGAGCUAGUCAAAUUUCAAGCUUGGAAAAUGAUUCUCUCAUUAUUGCUUUUAAUGCAACAAGAGAUCAACAAAAGCAUGAAGAAAAAGCAGCUCUUUUCUGUCACGUGUUGAAUGAAAAAUUGGUUGGACUCAAAUACAUGAAAUGGAAAAAUGAAAAGUCACAACAGCUGAAUGUCCAUUAUGCUGAUUUGAUGAACUUCAGAUUUGCUCUUAUCACUCAAGAAUGUCUUUGUGGUAAUGUUGGAAGUCAAGAGAUGAAACAAUUUAGUGUGUUAAGCAGUGGAAAGUAUAACUUGGCUAUCUUGAUGGAUGUGGCAAAACAUCUUAAUGUGAAUAUGGUGUGCUCUGAGAAUGUUAAGAACGGUUGUAGCAAGGCGUUUAAUUUGCGUUACCUUGAAACUCAGAAUUUUGUGGAUGACAUGUAUAUCAAUAGUUUUGGAAGUGUGUCAAGCGCUGCAUGCAGUAUUCCACAACACCAAGUUCAUAUUUAUGAGAUUGGGGCCAAGCUUCAUGUUGAGAAUGAUGAAUGGAUGUAUGAAUUAUCAGAGAAAGAAAAGAAGAAUCAAUGGAACGAAUACAACAAGGCCACUCACUUGUUUUUAGAUAGAAGAUACCAAGAAGCUCUCGAUUUAUUCCAAACUUUUUACCAUUCCAACACAAACGACAAGCCAACUGAAAAUUUGAUCCAAAAGUGUCAAUCCUUCAUGUAG